UAGAAGGGGUUCAAUGGUGGCGAUCGGGAAUCACAGGGAAAAUGGAAAAUUCGCAAAAGGAGAAGAGUAAUGCAAAGUAUAGCAUAAUAGUGCCCACCUACAAUGAACGCCUCAACAUCGCUCUUAUUGUUUACCUCAUCUUCAAGCAUCUUCCGGAUGUUGACUUUGAAAUUAUAGUAGUGGAUGAUGGGAGUCCUGAUGGAACUCAGGACAUUGUCAAACAAUUGCAGCAAGUAUAUGGGGAAAAUCGCAUUCUGUUGAGACCUAGACCCAGGAAGCUCGGUUUAGGAACUGCUUAUAUGCAUGGUCUGAAGCAUGCCUCGGGCAGUUUUGUUGUUAUAAUGGAUGCUGAUUUAUCACACCAUCCAAAAUAUUUGCCGAGCUUCAUCAAGAAACAGAUGGAGACAGGUGCGAGCAUUGUCACUGGAACUCGUUAUGUUAAAGGUGGUGGUGUGCAUGGAUGGAAUCUUAUGCGUAAAUUGACUAGCAGAGGGGCAAAUGUUCUUGCGCAGACCUUUCUUUGGCCGGGUGUAUCAGACUUAACUGGAUCAUUCCGUCUUUAUCAGAAAUCUGUGCUUGAAGAUGUCAUAAGUUCUUGUGUGAGUAAAGGCUAUGUUUUCCAGAUGGAGAUGAUUGUUCGAGCCUCAAGAAAGGGUUACCACAUAGAAGAGGUUCCAAUAACAUUUGUUGAUAGAGUAUAUGGAAGCUCAAAGCUGGGAGGAUCGGAAAUUGUAGAAUAUUUGAAGGGACUUCUUUACCUUCUUGUCACGACUUGAGAAUGACUCGAAGUCGUCGACCAUGAUAGAUUCUCUCAUUUAGCAGCCGUCAUUUUUGGUGUGCAUUACAAGUUUAUACAAUAUACUGCAUAGGUUUCCAUCGACAUCACUUGAAUUCUAACAUGUUUUAUAAAAAGACCUCUCGACACUUUCGGAGAGUUGAACAAUGUUUUUAUUUCUAAUUUUAUUACACUGGCAGUUUGAAGACUUAAA